UGCUCCUGCUCGCACAGAUGACGAAAAUGGCGGAUAACUCGUCUUCGGUCGAGAUUGUUGAGGGCUGUCGCCUUCCUGUUCUCCGUAAAAACCAAGAACACGAAGACGAAUGGCCGUUGGCUGAAAUUCUAAGUGUGAAGGAAGUCUCUGCGAGAAAGCUUUACUAUGUUCACUAUAUCGACUUCAACAAGCGCCUGGAUGAGUGGGUCACAGGGGACAGGCUGGACAUGAAGAAGCUUCAGUUCCCUAAAAAAGAAGCUAAAACACCAACCAAGAAUGGUCUUCCAGGCUCUCGUCCCAGUUCCCCAGAAAGAGAAGUGAGGAAGAGUCUAGAUCUCAACCUACAACCUGCCACAGCUCCUUCCAGAGGCAAAACCCUUCCCACACCGCUGUCGGGUCAUGCUGAACUGCAUGGAAAUCCAGAUAUAAACAACCAUGACACAAAAAGAGAAGAUGAUGAUCCAGUCGUGCAGAUCACAUCUGGAAGUGGUUUAACACACAGUGUAUCCAAAUGUUUGUCAGGUGUAUGCACUGGACUUGUCAAGCCACGUUGCAGCUUCAAAUCUGUCAAGAAGAGGAAAGUAGAGGCCGUCCCCUUGGCGACUCAGGUAUCUCCGGCCACCCCCGUGCCCUCCCUGCCAAGUUCAGCUGAAGCCUCUCAGGCAUCUGUUUUUCCUGCUGUGAGAGAGACCAACACCUUCAAGUCCCGCGAAGACCAUGACCAGCUCUCCUCGCUCACAACGAACGGCACUGCCCGACGACUCGUCCCCUCGCAGCCCGGGAGGAAGAGAAAAGCUAACUGUGGGCCAGCUGACGAGAUGAUAAAGGUUUUGCAGUAUAACAACCCUCAAAGUGCCAGUGUCUUUCUACCACCACCAGAGGAUUCACAGGACAGUUCGGACGGCAUCCCAUCUGCACCCCGCAUGACGGGCAGCCUGGUGUCUGACCGCAGCCACGAUGACAUCGUCACCCGGAUGAAAAAUAUAGAGUGCAUAGAGCUGGGACGUCACAGACUGAAGCCCUGGUACUUUUCACCAUACCCACAGGAACUCACCACGCUGCCCAUCCUCUACCUCUGUGAAUUCUGUCUCAAGUACCUCAAAAGCCUGAAGUGUCUCCAGAGGCAUUUGACAAAAUGCAAUCUAAGACAUCCUCCAGGCAACGAGAUCUACCGUAAAGGCACCAUUUCAUUCUUUGAGAUUGACGGCAGGAAAAACAAAACUUAUUCCCAGAACCUGUGUUUACUUGCUAAGUGUUUCCUGGACCACAAAACCUUGUAUUACGACACAGACCCUUUCCUCUUUUAUGUAAUGACGGAGUAUGACUCCAAAGGCUUCCACAUAGUGGGCUACUUCUCUAAGGAAAAAGAGUCGACUGAAGAUUACAACGUUGCCUGCAUCCUGACCCUGCCUCCCUACCAGCGGAGAGGCUAUGGCAAACUACUCAUUGAGUUCAGUUACGAGCUGUCCAAGGUAGAAGGGAAGACAGGAACUCCCGAGAAGCCACUUUCUGACCUUGGUCUUUUGUCCUAUCGCUCCUACUGGUCCCAGACCAUCCUGGAAAUCCUCAUGGACCUGAAACCUGACAAUGGGGAAAGGCCGCAGAUUACCAUCAAUGAGAUCAGUGAGAUCACAAGUGUGAAGAAAGAAGACGUUAUUUCAACACUUCAGUACCUCAAUCUCAUUAACUAUUACAAGGGUCAGUACAUCCUGACCCUUUCAGAGGACAUUGUGGAUGGACACGAAAGAGCGAUGCAGAAGAGACACUUGCGCAUAGAUCCAAAAUGCCUUCACUUCACACCUAAGGACUGGAGUAAGAGGGGCAAGUGGUAGAGUCCCGGCCUGGCCCACUGAAUGCCCGCCCCAACCGGCAGAUACCAGACUGAAAACAAACGGUGGAUCACCUAAAGGUUUCUCACAAGCUGCAUCAAGAGGGUCGUUUUUGAACCCAGGACUCGUCUUUAGAUAAGAAACAAGGAACCUAAAUUGUCACUUGAGAUGCAUACUGUAUGCUUUUAUUGUGAAUAUUCAUUAUCUAUUGUCAGUUUUAAAUGCUCUUGAACACAGGGCAGGGACAAAAGAGACACUGGUUGACAGUGACGCGCCAAAAAAUACACCUUCUACUGUGUAAAAGAUUCUGUUAAUGACCGACAGUGCGUUAAAAGUGAGAUAUGGUGUCUGUUUAAUAGUGUAAAUUAAAGCUUGAAGUGGCAAAAUACAGACCACCUUGUGAAAACAAGAAGGUGGUUUUAAAAAUAUUUUGAGUUCUACAGUAGAUAUUUGCUCAUCACAUUAAAGGACCAGUGUGUAAGAUUUAGGGGGAUCUAUUUGCAGAGUAUGACAGAAUUGGAAUAUAUGAUUAAUAAGUAUGUUUUCAAUAGUGUGAAUUUACCUGAAAAAAGAGUGGUUGUGUUUUGCUUUACUUCAGAAUGAGCUCUUUAUAUCUACAGAGAGAGCGGGUCCUCUUCCACAAAGUCCCCCUUUUUUUAUACCACCUUGUUUAUAAAGUGGCCCAGAAUGGACAAACCAAGCUCUGGCUUAAGAGAACACCUUUCGUGCUCUUCUCGAGUUUUGCGGCCUCUAUAAAUUCUCUAAAAAGGUUUUAAAGGGAGGUGUGAUAUGGGGGGGUAUUGGGGUUGCAGUCUGCAACCUCACCACCAGAUGACACUAAAGCCUACACACUGGACCUUUAGAAAGAAAGGGGAUUAAUUUUCCUUAAAUUCAACAAGGAAAGCGUGUUUUCACCCCAUGCACAUCUGUCCUUCAGCAGCCACGUUAAUUAGAUAGAUCACGGUUGUUUUGGCCACUCUUUGCAUGUGUUACAUUCAUAUUUACACAUUUCAGCUCAUUUAGAUCAAGUAACAGAUGCUCUGUUGCUGUCCUUUAAUACGACCUUUCGUUGCUCCUAACCUUCUCUGUCAUCGCUCAUUUUAAACAUCAAGGUAGCCGAUCUCACAGCACAGCUUUUAACCGCUGCUCAAUAUAUUAUGAGCCGUGAUCAAAUUUCAGAAUUGUUUCUGUUGUCUGACAACAAAAAUACGACGACCCUAAAUCACAGAGGUGCAGAUUCACAUGGGACUAAUAUCGUCACAUGACCUCUGUGUUUGGUACAAUAUUGUCAGUAAUUUAUGGUAAAAUUUGUAAUUUACAGAUAGAUGAUAUGACGGAUGACCUCUGCAAUUAUAACAAAUUACUAGAGGUCCACAGUUAAAUGUCUUCUUGGCUAAAGCUCUUUGUGUGACUGUCCAAUAAGAUCACUUUAUUUUUUACUCAUUUGAGAAGCGUCAGCUGAUAGAAAAUGUAUCUGUAGCACUCAUUAAACAAUGAGACAACUCAUGUCUGAACAGCACUCCAAGAUUAAGUCAUCACUCUGUGUGCAGGCUUCAAAACAUUUCUCAAAAGCACACUCACACGUAUGUGCGUGAUUCAAUGAGAUGUGAGUUGUGAGUGUGUAAACAAGGAAAAGGCACAAGCAACCCCGUUUUCAGAUCUGUUGGGAGUAAGAUACCUGCCCCUCUAGUUUCUCAUCACAUGGGGAGUAACUUUCAGUUCAUUGUGAUUCUGAACCAACAUGGUCGAGUCAGGUUUGUUAUCUUUUACAGUCUUACCUCUGUUUUUUAUUUUUCAUUUUUGUUAAAUAGUUAGAAAUAUUUAUGCUCUUUGUGAUCAUUCAGGUGGACGUUUCUUCCUUUUUUCAGAUAAUCCAGUCAUGAUCAUCUGUACAGUGUGCAAUGAGACAAAUCAAUCCCCAAAUUCGACAUGUUGCCCAUAACUGUACAUACUGAACCUGAUUGUAAAAAGAAAAAAAAAGCUUAGAAGACAGAAGCCAUGUUGAACUGUUAGAGGAAUGUAAAUUUUGUGUACAGUUGUCUGUUCUUUUGUUUUUGUUUUUUUGUACUUAAUGUAAACUAACUGGCUGCACAACAGGAAGAGACCUAAAAUUGAAAUCUUACGUUCAGUUUGUGUUUUAUGUUUACAUGUCACGAAGGAUGGUGAAUUGACCCUUUUGAAAUGAUUUAGUAUAUCUUUAAGUGAAACACAGUUGAGAGUAUGAUUUGAACGUUUGAUAUGAAAAGCUUGUUGAAUUGUUAAAAAAAAAAAAGAAUCUUUUAAAAAUCC